AUGGCUGCUGAUAAAUCUACUGGUCCAGGUAACGCAAAGAAGGGCUCCACUCUAUUUAAGACAAGAUGUCUACAAUGUCAUACUAUUGGUGAAGGCGAACCACAUAAAGUGGGUCCAAAUCUACAUGGUAUCUUUGGUCGUCAUUCUGGUAAAGCUGAGGGUUAUUCAUACACUGAUGCAAACAUUCAGAAAAAUGUUGAAUGGAACGAUCAAACAAUGUCAGACUAUUUGACUAACCCUAAGAAGUACAUACCGGGUACGAAGAUGGCCUUUGGUGGUUUAAGAAAAGAGAAAGAUAGAAAGGAUAUUAUUGCUUAUAUGAAAGAUGCUUCUAAAUAA